AUGGAGUUAUCGGUAAGGACUGCGGUUCUCAGCAAGCCUGCAAAGACGUCGUCCUACAGACUACAGACUAAGGAACUCUCUUAUGAGAUUCAAACUCGGUGCGGCGACGAUGGCGGUUCUAAGUAUGUGCUUAAGAAGGUGUGUUGUGAAGCAGGGCCUGGCGAGAUAUUGGCAAUCGCAGGUCCCAGCGGUGCUGGCAAGACGACAUUGUUGGAAAUUCUGGCGGGGAUGAUACCCCCGAACAGAAUCUCUGGUAAGAUUCUGGUCAAUGGCUGUCCCAUGGAUGUUGGGAAGCUCCAGCAUUUGUCGGGGUACGUCACCCAAGAUGAUGCACUCUUCCCAUUGCUCACUGUCGAGGAGACGCUCAUGUACAGUGCACGUCUGAGACUCCGUGGUGGGGCCCGGAAGGCCAGAAUGAGAGUGCGGGAGCUGUUGAAGGAGCUGGGCUUGGAUCACAUUGCAGAGUCGAGGAUUGGUGGCGGCGACGACAUGUCCCGUGGUGUCUCCGGUGGUGAGAGGAGGAGGGUCUCAAUUGGCGUUGAUGUGGUCCACGACCCGGCUGUCCUGCUUCUCGACGAGCCGACUUCCGGCCUGGACUCGGCAUCAGCCCUUCAAGUUGUAUCGCUGCUUAAAUCGAUGGCGGUGAAUCAAGGUAAGACAAUCAUCAUGACAAUCCAUCAACCAGGGUUCCGGAUUCUCGAGCUCUUUGAUGGGGUUGUGUUGUUAUCGGAAGGAGUUGUUGUCCACCAUGGAUCGCUACAAAGUCUGGAGGCCCGCCUCAAGGUAGCUGGCCACUGCAUUCCUCAGCAUGUCAACGUGCUGGAAUUCGCAAUUGAUGCCAUGCAAAGCCUGGUUAUAAGAACAACCGUCGAUCACGAUUUCUUCCUCGACAGCCAUUUCAAUACAACAGACAAUCAGCAGCAACCAGCAAUAAUCUAUAACCAUAACACUGAAGAAAUGCCGUUUUCUUACGUGAAUUCUCGGUGCGAAGAAGUCAUAAUUCUAGGGCAGAGAUUUUGCCGCAACAUAUUCAGAACCAAGCAGCUCUUCGCCGCAAGGACAAUCCAAUCAUUGGUCGUGGGAUUCGCACUCGGGUCCAUAUUCAUGAACGUGGGCGGCAACGGGGGCCAGGCUGCAUUACAGACCCGAGUCGGGUUCUUUGCCUUCAGCCUCACCUUCUUGCUCUCCUCCACAACAGAAGGCCUCCCUAUUUUCUUGCAAGAAAGGAGGAUUUUGAUGAGAGAGACCUCAAGGGGGGCGUAUAGAGUCUCUUCUUAUGUUAUAGCAAAUGCACUUGUCUUUCUUCCUUUCCUUCUGAUGGUUGCAGUACUCUACACCACCCCUGUAUAUUGGCUGGUGGGCCUGAGAAGGGAGCUUGAUGGGUUUCUCUACUUCUCUCUGGUGGUUUGGAUGGUGGUUUUGAUGGCGAACUCAUUUGUUGCAUGCUUCAGCGCUCUGGUGCCGAAUUUCAUCAUGGGGAAUUCACUGAUUGCGGGGUUUAUGGGGUCUUUUUUUCUGUUUUCGGGGUACUUUAUAUCGAAGGGGAGCAUACCCAAGUACUGGAUUUUCAUGCACUAUUUGAGCUUGUUUAAGUACCCUUUUGAGGCUUUUAUGAUAAAUGAGUACGGUGGAGAGGAUGGGAGGAGGAGAUGUGUGCAAAGAGAGGGAGGGGAAUGCUUCUUGGAUGGAGAAGGGUUCUUGAGGCAGCAAGGGCUUAAGGAGAGGCAGAAAUGGAGUAAUUUGGGAGUGAUGUUGGGUUUUAUCUGUGGUUAUAGGGUUCUGUGUUAUUUAAUUCUAUGGUAUAGAUGCUGCAGAGCUAGAAAAUAGGGGGAUUUUCUUCUUCUUCUUUUUCUAUAAUUUUGGAAUCUGGAUUCUGAAUUUUAUCCAUUGAAUAUAAAAUAAAAGAAAAUGCAGUAGCGAGUUCUUUU